AUGCUGGUGUUGAUAGUGGGACUUGACGGGACGCGCCAGCUCGAGGCCGCCAAGAAGCUGCUUGCUGAUGCCGGUGCCCUCGCCAUCAAGAUCGGGCUAAACUCGCACCAGUUUGCCAUCGCGCAUGGCAGGGACAAUCCCGUCGUGCAGGAGAGUUGGCGGAGGACGUGGUGGGAUCUGUUUGUUGUUGAUGGGAUGAUCGCGGGUGUCCACCGUGCGACCAACUUCGCGCUCUUUGACGUCCAGGCGGAUGUCCAGUUACCAUGUGAGGAGUGGGAAUACCAAUCAGGGGCAAUACCAGCGCCCAAAUCCCUCGCGGACUUGGAAUCCUACGACUUUUCCGACAGUGACAUCGAUGGAUUCUCCUCCUUCUCAUACCGAAUCCUUUGCGCGCGAAACCUCGGCAAGUUCUUCAGAUCUGACCCUAUAGUAGGACCUGAUGAUCCGAAUAUAUCCAAGAUCGAGGCACUACUCACACAUUGGAGGCUAAAUCUCCCCAACUCCAAGAAAGACCCAGUUGCCAUCGACGGCACAAUAGACGAGAUGAUGUUCCAGGCUCACAUGAUGAUCAACGCCACCUCGAUCCUCGUCCACUACCCUCACUCCCAGCUCAACCCGUCCGCGACCAAGCGCAUCGACUCCUGCGCCCCCAGCCAGCCCGUCACGCCCGGCUUCACCUACAACUCCCACACCAGGCACGUCAUCCACGCCGCCAACGAAAUAAGCAAGCUCAUCACCCCGUCGGACCUCCUCUGCCACACGCCCUUCUUCGUGUGCGUGGUGAGCCACGCGUCCAUCGUCCACAUCAACAGGUGGGGCUCGUACAUGCACUCCGAGGAGGACGAUGUGUUUUUGCGGCAGCAGAUCAGUCUAAAUAUAGGAGCGCUGAAUAGAUUAUCACAGGUCUGGGAAUCUGCCGGGGCCGCCAAGGAGCAGAUACGGAGUGUGGCGCAGGAGAUUAGCCAGUCGAGGAGACAGGAAGAAGACGAGAUACGAUCUGGGUUGUGGAAGCUUCCAGAAUUCUUAGCCAUGGUCUCUCAGGCCGUGACAGCUCCUUUGACGCGUGCGGCGACCUUCCUCAUUGUGUCUGCAGCGUCUCAGCCAUCAGCCAUCCCGACGAUCCGGGCAACCUUAUCCAGCAUCAGCGACAUCACCAAGAACAUCUCCAUCCGCCACCCGGACGGCAGACUCAGCUGCACCGUUGGCAUCGGCAGUUCCAUCUGGAGUCGCCUGACCAGCCUGCCCCAGCCGAAGGAGCUGCAUCCGUUCCAGGAGAUCCGCGGUGCAAAGCACACGGCCGUGUCCACGCCGGGUGACAUACUCUUCCACAUCAGGGCCGACAGAAGGGACCUGUGCUUUGAAUUCGAGAGGCAGCUGAUGCAGCGUCUGGGCAGCGCCGUGACGGUGAACGACGAGACUGUCGGGUUCCGAUACUUUGACGCCCGCGACCUGCUGGGCUUCGUCGACGGCACGGCGAAUCCCACCGGCACCGAAGCCACGGAGGCAGCCAUCGUGGCUCAGGAGGACGAACCAAGCUCGGCGGGGGGCAGCUACGUCGUCGUCCAGAAGUACCUCCACGACAUGGAAGGGUGGCAGGCCCUGCGGACCGAAGCGCAGGAAGCCAUCAUCGGGCGCACGAAGCUUGACAACGUCGAGCUCGACGACGCGCCCCCCCGGUCUCAGCAGUCGCACAAGUCCCUCGCCACGAUCGAGAUGCAGGGCGACGAGCGCGCCAUCGUGCGGGACAAUAUGCCGUUCGGGUCGCCGGGGCGGUCAGAGUUCGGGACCUACUUCAUCGGCUACUCGAGGAAUCUCUGGGUCACGGAGAAGAUGCUGGAGCGCAUGUUCGUUGGCGAGCCGCCCGGGAUGCAUGAUCGUAUCCUCGAUUAUUCAAAGGCCGUGCUUGGCGCGACAUUUUUUGCACCGUCGGACUUGUCAAGUAUUUGA